CAGCGAUUAACUUGUCGUUAUUGAGUCCCCUAUACUACGCUAUUGGUACCUACCUGGUGACUGGCAGCUUGUUUCGCUUGAGCACUCUCGUCCUUCACUUUGCACUUGAAAUCCCGUGACAUAUUAAUCGCUCCAACCUACCAGAGGGAGUGCGGACCGUUGGGCAGAGUGCGACAGAGCUUCUAUUUAUCGACAAUGACCUCCGGAGUGCAGACGGAGGGUAGCGGGCAAGGGUCCAGCUUUGACUCCAACACACAGCCCGUUGUGACCCCUUCGGGACAAAUCGACGUCGACAAUUGUACCGAUGAGGAGCUAGACAGAGCCUUGGCGGCGGCAGAAGCCAAGCGCCUCAGACAGAAGAAGAGAGACCGACUUACCGCCCUCUUGAGGGGCGAAGAUCCAGACGAACAGCCGGCGGACACCAGUGCCCGUCCGGGGAAGAGAUUGAGAGAAUCGACUUGGUGGAAGCCAUCGAUGAGCACUUUACGAUACAAGGCUUCUAGUUGGGCAGAGCUCAAGGUUUUUACCUUUGAAGUUAAAAACCGCUGUGCUAUCGAUUCGUCAAACACAGAGACGGAGGUUGACCGUAUUCGGUACGCCACCAGCUACCUACCAGUGGUCAACCGGCAGGGCAGCCAGGAACGGCAGAAGAGCUAUUGCCAUCCCUGGAAGAUGAUAUUCGGGCCUCUCAGGAGAGAAGUCCUUUCGUACGCUCAGAAGCGUGGAAACAGAGAGGCAAGGACAGGAAGACCGGAGAUGCGCUGUGGCAGAAAGGCCAAGAUAGGCUGCUCCGCUUCAAAGGUCGUGUGUUUAUCCCAGAUGACAGCCCUCUCCAGAACGAGCUGCUGCAAUUGUUUCACGAUAACCCAACUGGUGGUCACCAGGGGGUGACAAAGACGAUUGCCCGACUUAGCAAUUCGUACUUUUGGAAUGGCCUGGCCAAAGACGUCCGGACCUACGUACCAACGUGCGCGAUCUGUCAGAGAACUAAACCGCGGCAACACCUCCCCUAUGGCAAGUUGGCUUCGCUGCCAAUACCAGGCCGACCGUGGCAAGAGAUCUCGUUGGACUUCAUCACCGGCCUCCCACCAGCAGUGUCACUGGCGGGGCGAAAGUGUGAUGCUGUGCUCGUUAUUGUCUGUCGGUUUACGAAGUACUCGUUAUAUGUACCAGUGUCGAGCAAGUUGACUGCAGAUGGCUUUGCGGACCUCUUGUUCUACCACGUCCUUAGGCCAUUUGGGCUACCUGA